GACACACCUUAAAAUGAACCCCCUUUUUUUUGGAGAUUUAAAGACAACUAAAUUAAGAGUUAUCUUAAAUCAGCUUAGUAGAUAAAGUUAAAGUUUGAAGAGAUGUUGUGUAAUUCGUUACAGAAAACAUAAACAUACUGACCAUGAAAACACGACAAAAGUCUACUCGUAAGUUAUAAAAUAUCACUGCUCGUAAAGCUAGGCCGUGAAGGAUGUAUACACAGAAGACCUACAACACCAGCGCCAUCUAGUGGCGGUUUCUGUGUCAAACAUUUCCUCAGCUUUCUCUGCAUGAUAUGACAGGCUUUAAUUGUAGGAACAGGGACGCUCUCUGAUUGGACCGCAUCGUCUCUGUGGAUAUCAAUAUGAUAAUAAGAGAUUAGACGCUGGUUGUGUAGGAAAUCCUCGCACGUCUGACCGAAGUCUCUAUUUAUUUUAUUCCGACUGGAAUAUAUUUGCAGGAUCGAGACUCCAACAUGACCAUAAGAAACGUGCAGGAUCAUGGCCAGCGUUACAGACCCAGGAUGUCUUGUCUAAAAAAGAUGGAAGCUGUGGUGCUGGAAAUGCAAGACCCUAAGACCGGGGUGAAGUCUCAGACCCAAAGACUCGUGAUCACCACAAUCCCUCAUGCUAUUACAGGAGAAGAUAUAGUUAAAUGGAUUUCUAAUCGUUUCAAAAUAGAUCUUGCUGAGGCACAAGCCUUGGGCACCAUGAUGGUGGCCUUUGGAUACAUUUACCCAUUGCAAGAUCACAAGAGACUCGUCAUCAAAUCGGACGGCUCACUCUAUCGUUUUCAGACACCGUAUUUCUGGCCUGCACAGCAGUGGCCAGUUGAGGACACUGAUUACGCAAUCUACCUGGCAAAGAGAAACAUACGUAAAAAGGGGAUGUUAGAGCUUCACGAACAGGAGCAGUACAAUCAUCUACAUAAAUGGAUGAACCACAAGUGGGACUUCAUAGUGAUGCAGGCCAAAGAGCAGUACAGGGCAGGGAAAGAGAGAAAGAAACCAGAUCGAGUGGUUUUUGACUGUCAGGAGAGAGCCUACUGGGUAGUACACAGACCACCGCCAGGGACAGUUAGUGGGAUGGACUAUGGACUGGAACGACUUGUAGAUCCCAAUUUGGAGGAGAAAAAAUCAUCUGACCUCUACAGAAGAAUAAUCAUGUUCACUCAACAGUGCAUCAUGAGGCCAAGAGUGAAGUCAUCCGUGUCUAUUGGAGCUCUUGUCAAGUACACAACAACCUACAAACAGCAUGACCCCUUCCUUUAUCCAAGCUUACCAAGCAACCCGUGGUUAACUGAUGAUGUUACAUAUUGGAACCUUAACAUGCCAAAUAUUGAAAAUCCUACAAAAAUGAGAGUGGAACGCUGGACUUUUAGCUUUGGCGAACUGCUUUGUGAUCCACGUGGACGGGCAGAUUUCCGUCUUUUUCUGAAAAAGGAAUUCAGUGGUGAGAAUCUGGCAUUUUGGGAGGCAUGUGAAGAUCUAAAAUGGGGGGCUGCUGCAACAAUGCAAGAGAAAGCCCAGCAGAUCUACAAGACUUUCCUGGCUCGUGGAGCACCUCGUUGGAUCAACAUAGAUGGAAAGACCAUGGAGAUCACUGUGAAGGGUCUGGCUCACCCACAUCGCUAUGUCCUGGAUGCUGCCCAGACUCACAUCUACAUGCUCAUGAAGAAGGAUUCGUAUGGGCGAUAUCUGAAGUCCUCUGUCUUUAAGGACACCCAGAAAAAGGCUAUUGCUCCUGAGCAACACAAAUUCAGUGAUGCUCAGCUGGAGCAGAAUGCCAAGAAACGAAGGCCCAGCCUGAGUCCCAUUAUCCUGAGGCAACAGGAAGAGGCACAAAAAGCCAAGUUGGCUGCCAGCGGCCCUGUGGACAUCACACAGUUAUGUCGAUACACAGCACCUGUGCCACACUUGGCUGUGUACACAGGAAUGUGUGAGUCCCAGUCCACUGCCUCUCCAGGACUAAUGACCUUGCCCAACAGUGCUGUGUGCCCUUCCCCAAUAAGUGUAGCUAUUGACAGCACUCCAGCCUCUGAGAGAAGAUUUGAUGGAGGACCUGCCUCAUCUAACUUUCCAUCUAUCACUGAAAGCACUGAGGCAUCUGUAUCAGAAGAGAGUCAGACUCUUGCAUCCAAGUCCCGUGUAGCACUGUCGCUUAGCAGAAUCCUACGGCGAGGAUGCAAUGCCCAAUCCAUGUUUGCCAGUCUCUCACCAAAAUGUGCUGUGACAGCAGGGGGAGGAAGAGUACAACCACUGGGAGUGGAGCAGCUAACACAGCCCCAGCCAAAAAGGAUUGCAAAUUUUUUCCAGAUCAAAGUUGACAUCCCACCUGAAUGCCGCAUCUACCCUAUUGAUUCAGAAGAUGAGGAGGAGGAAAGCCCUGGUGCAGCACAAGGGGGAGUCAAGGAAAUCAUAUGCCCUUGGGAAACUGUCACCAAACAUGAUGGUGCAAGUUAGAGGGACACAUACCGUACAGGGAAAUGACAGACUUGCAGAAAGAUACACAUGUGUAACAAAGUGUUCAUCGUUUCCACCUAGGCAUGCUCGGGAAGAAAAUGUUUGAAGUAACAACAUGUCAAACAUGUUUGUAUAUCUGAUCGCUUUUAGGUAGUUCCUACAGUAUAUGUUCUAGUAGCUGAUGGAAAAUAUGGUUGUGGGACUUUAUAUUUGUAUCUACUUGUUUUGUUUGUGAGUAUGACAAGUUGAGGCCUUAUUUAGAAGAGCUUUCUUUUAGUAAAACUGUCAAGCUGUUGAGUAUUACAAAGGUUUUGUACUUGUUUAUUAUUUUAUACUGAUCAAAGAUGCUGUGACAUGCACCAUUUGAAGAAAUCAUCAAUAUUUUCAUAGUUUCACUUAGAAUCUCCAAGAAGACAGGACAUGGGAAACCUACUGUCUGAAUGUAUAACCUUUAAAGCGUUUACAGUUCACUACAAAAUGUGAAUGUGGUCUUUGUUCAUAUUUGACUUGUGUAAGUGCCUAAA